CUUCGCCUCUGGCAGUUUCUUUUAGCAAGCUCAAAGCCACAGAUUAUAAAUUCUGCUCACAAUCCGUGCGGGUAAAAUAACCUGCAAGGAGAGCCACAGAGGGAGUCGGCAGACUCUUCAUUUUCUCAUUUGGAGACGAGCCGCUUGCGCGCAACCAGGCAUCACAGAGGGGGGAGAGAAACGUGGUGUCUGGAUAAUUUAAUAAAUACAUAUAUAAUUUUUUCUAAGUUAUUGGUGACUGAAAGGCUGGCAGACAGCGGUGGAGAAGUAGAUUGGCAGCCUUUGUGGAUUUGACGCAUCGGAUGCUUUGACAUUGAGACUUGUGCGCGCAAGGCACCUGUGGAUGCAUCAAACGCCCCACUGAUGUUCGGACGAAAACCUUUAACAAAGAAGAGAUUUGGCACAAGAUUCAGUUGAUUAUCGUUUCUGUCAAACACCCUGCAGUUUUAGAGGAGAAUCGCACCAUGAUGCUGAGUGUUUCCCUCCUGGUUGUUCCGCUGCUGAGCAUUACCGGCUGCGGCUCGUCAUAUGUGCCGUGCGAGCCGUGCGAUCCGAAGGCCCUGUCCAUGUGCCCGCCGGUGCCGGUGGGCUGUGAGCUGGUGAAGGAACCCGGCUGCGGCUGCUGUCUGACGUGCGCGCUCGAAGAGGGCCAGUCGUGUGGCGUGUACACCGGACCGUGCAUGCGCGGGCUGCGAUGCCUGCCCAAGAAUGACGAGGAUAAGCCGCUGCACGCGCUCCUGCACGGCCGGGGGAUGUGCAAAAACGAGAAGUUGUAUAAACCACUGCAUCCAUCAAAAGAGCCAGCACAAACCAAGGUCCCCUUAUAUGGAGAUAUCAGCAGUCGGAAAGCCCAGGCCAUGAAGCAGGCCAAGGAGCGCAAGAACCAGUUGGCCAGGCUGGGACCCGCCAGUAACCGAGAUCCGUCACCUCCUAGCCUGGAUAAACUGGAGCCUGAAUUUGGUCCCUGCAGAAGAAGACUAGAUAAUCUCAUUCAGAGCAUGAAGGGCAGUUCUCAGGUCUUGGCUCUCUCUCUGUACAUCCCCAACUGUGACAAGAAGGGCUUCUUCAAACGCAAACAGUGUAAGCCAUCUAGGGGUCGAAAACGAGGCUUCUGCUGGUGCGUGGACCGCUUUGGCGUUAAAAUCCCAGGCAUCAACUACGCCGGUGGAGACCUGCAGUGCAAAGAUCUUGAGAGCAGCAACAACAGCAAUGAAUGAGAGUGAACCAUUCGCUGAGCCCUGUUUCUUCUUAAAACCUGCCAAUCAAGCUAGAACACUUUAUGACUGACAAUCAGGAGAAUAUAGCACAAUCUCUUUUUAUGGUCACAUGUGAUGAACUGCGUUGUUUGUUUUUAGGGGGAGCAGAACUGAAAAGGUUGCUUAAGUAAAAAUGUAGGUUUUAACUGUGGCUCCCCACUGACUGUGUACCAUGAGGUUAGCUGUUUCCUCAUUUCUUUGUAUCUUAGAUAAUAGAGAAAUAUACAUAUAUAUAUUUGUAUGAUACUGAUAAUUAGUUGUGUUGGUGAAUUUACUCCAAAUAUUGACAAAACAUAUUUUAAAUGUGGCUAAACAUUAAUAUUUUUUCAGAUGUUUGUUCUGGUAAUGUUAAACAGGGAAUUUAUCAAAAGUUGUGUCAGAUUUGGUGUCAAUUUCUGGGGUUUCCACUAUGCAUUGUUGACUUUCUGGGAGAGAUUUAUGUUGUAUUUGUUGGCCAUUAGGAACACAGAAUUUCCCAUUUCUGACUAAGAAAAGGCCACAAGAUUUCAGAUUUAGUAACUUUUUUUUUUUUUGUAUUUCAGUGAAUUUCCCAGAAUGGUAACUAACAUAGUGAAAGCAAAGUUUUUCCUUUGCUAGUGAUGUAGUAAAUAAUUAGGAAAAGUAAACUAGUCCAUCUUUAAUUAAUUUUUCUCUAUGGUUUGGGUAACAUCCUUUUUUUUCUUGCUUUGUCUAUCGAAUGCAUGGAGGUCAAAAUUAUGUAGUUUUGAAGACAAACUUCCUAUUUCUGAGUUAAAAACAAAUGCAGGAUCAUUUCUGGCAGGCUCUUCACAAAUAAGAGUGAUUUUUAUAUGGUUGUCAGAUUAGCAGAAGGACUCGGGAGGAAGAGGAAAUCAUGGCUAAUGGUCAUUUCAAACAAGCUAUUGUUCCUUUUAUUUACCAUGGCCAUUCAGUCAUGAUCAUUUUACAACCAAAGACUCCAGAAAACUAGGAUUAUACAGUUAUUUUAUAUAAAUCUAUAAGGCACCUUUAAAAUCAGCCAUAUUAGUCUGUUACAUAGCUGUAUCUAGUAGCUUGUUAGCUUAGAACAGUACAAAGACGGGAUUCAAGAGGAAACGGGGGUCUGCCUACCAGAGCCUCAAACACACAAAUUUACAAGUCAUUGGUAGCCUAUUAUUUGUUAAUCUUCUUCAAAGCUAUUUUCUGAUUGGGUCCAGUAACCCAACGGGUCACCUUAAGCUAGGCACAAAGAUCAAAUGCUCAGCUCUCAGUUAGCUGCAGGCUACAUCAUCAUCCUUUUUGUACUUAGCUAGCUGUGGUUAAUUUUUUUUGCCACUUUCAGCUAAAAUGUAUCUGCCUCUGCUUGACAAAUGUGUUUACAGGUCAAGCAGUUAAACUUUAGACUUCUAAUUCCUUUAAAGCAAAUGUGAGCUUUGGCACCUUCACCUGCAAGUUGUCUUUUUAUGUUUUCCUGUGUUUGGUUUUCACUGAAAUCCUUGUGCCACACUCAGACCCAUAAUACCAUCAUAUGUCAGCAAAAAGGAUGAAACUACACUCAUAAACAGAUUCAUUUUGCUGGUAAAAGUUAGAUAUUUGACUGCCUUUUUAAAGUCUUUUUCUAUUCCAGACUACUGCAUUUAUUGUACUUAAGCUCCUAAGUGUAGAUGUAGGUUUUAGCUUCAAAAAGGUCGCUAGCCCAGCCUACUCAAGUGCAUUUCCCCUUACAGCUCACACACAAAUUGUAUGCAAAGGCCCCACGCUGUUUAUUUUUCCAUGUGGAGGGUCCUCACCGCCACCACACAAGCAAAUCUGUAGGCUGAUGUUGACUUGCUCAUGGGGUUCAUCGGGUCCUUUAUCCGAGCAAGAGCAAGGUCGCUGAGUUUUUAUGUAAAUUAAAGUGCCUUCUGCCCCACGCUACUUUGUAUUUUGAUUUGCAUGUGUUGCAGAAUGAUGGAUGCCAAUGUAAAAAGGAAAAAAGGAAAUCAGUUUGAGGGGUGGGUGUGGUUUUGCUGACAAAGAUUAUCAUAAUCUUCCAGUCAAGUGCUGCUAAACAGAUGAUGACAAGGGACAACGUUGUGUUCUGUGGUUUAAAUUUAGCUCAAGAUCCUGUUUUUGGUCAGCUUAUUUUUAUUAAUAUUAUGUUACAUAUUCUGAAUGCCCUCAUUGACAGUGGUGCAUCAGCCUAUUCUUCCUAAUGAAAGACUUCUUGCAUAUCGUUGAUUCCAGCUCAUAUAUAAACUCAACAAAGUGACAUUUUGAACACUUCAUAAUCUGAGUAAAAAGGUUAAUGUGAACAUUAUGGUGAAAUAUUUAUCAAGCGUGUAAUUGAUGUACUCGUUUUUUGUUUUUUUUUGUACAGGCAAAUCACUAUUUAAAUAAAGUUCCUGUACUCACAA